UUGUCAAGAUGUAAAUAUCCUCUGUCCCUUUUUUUCUUUCACUGUUUACAUUCAACAGUAGCAUCAGUGGGGGGAACAGAAUUCUGUGAUAAUAGAUUCUGUAUCACUCUUAGUGAAGGAGAAAUAAGAGCAGAGGCUGGACUCUGUGUUGUGAUACCGUGUACUUUCACCACCAGUUAUUACUUUACACCCCAACAUAUAGUUUGGUACAAAUGUGAACCAUCCAAACCAAAAUGUGGUGAUUCAGACAUCAUAUUCCACACUAACAAGAACAACAACAGAACUCAGUCUUCAGAGUUCAAAGGACGAGUGUCACUGUUGGAGCCUGAUGUGAGACGGAGGAACUGCAGCAUCAUCGUCAAUGACCUCACUGAGUCAGACUCUGGAUCAUAUCAGCUCAGAGUUAAUGGUUACCUGAAUGGGAUGAAAGAUGGAUUUACAUUCUCUCCAAGAACAACUGUCUCUGUUAAAGGUCUGACCCAGAAGCCCACAGUGAUGAAUCCUCCUCUGACAGAGGGACAGCAGAGCACACUGAGCUGCACUGCUCCUGGUCUCUGCUCUGGAUCUGUUCCUAAAAUCAGCUGGACGUGGAGAGGAGCAGGAGAGAAGGACUCUCACAUCACAGGAAACAUCACUGCUUUCAGGACUGAGAAUCUGACUGCUGUCACUCAGAGACACAGCUCAACCCUGACCUUGAACUCUUCAGCUGAACACCAAGGCACCAAUGUCAGCUGUAAGGUCAGCUUCACCAUCAACAUCACUACAGAGGAGACUGUCACUCUGAAUGUGACCUAUGUAAAGGAAGUUAAAGUCACUGGGAAUACAAGUGUGAAGGAGGGUGAGAGUCUGAUUCUGAGCUGCAGUGUUGAAAGUUUCCCUCCAUCUCUCAUCAAGUGGUAUACAUCUUCUGACAGAAACAUGCAAAACGGAACAGAAACAAACCUUCAACACGACAUUUUAGCUGACCUGCUGAACGAAACUGAGACCUUCCUGCAGGAAAACAUUAAAAUGGAGACUUUGGUCAUCUCUAAAAUGACAACUACAAAUUCUGGACAGUACAUCUGCAUUGCAAAUCAUCUGAACAACACCCUGGUGAAAAAAGUUGAUGUAACAGUGAUAUAUAAGAGGAAAUGUGUAAUCACUGGGGACACAACUGUUAAGGAGGGAGAUGCUCUGAAUCUGACCUGCAGUGUUGAAAGUUUCCCUCCGUCUCACAUCACAUGGACUGUACUGGGUUCCAACACAAACCUACACAUUGGACCUGAUACUCACCUGCAGAACAACACUGGAUCAGCCACACUCGUCAUCCCUAACGUGACGGCGGAAUAUUCUGGACAGUACAUCUGUACAGCACAACACCUGAACACAACUGUGGCUGCAUAUGCUGACGUAACUGUGACUUGGUUUUCAACAGUCUUAAAAAACUCUGGAUGUGAGGUUCAGUCGGAGGUUCUGACCUGCGUGUGCAUCAGUGAGGGGUUUCCUUUACCCACCAUCACAUGGCCGCUGUUGAAGAACCAUGCUGAGUACUCUGUCAUCACCACGGUGUCACACGACACAGUCAACAGCACCGUCACCCUAACUGUAAAAGACCACAGCAACACUUCUGUUGAGUGUGUCAGCAGCAAUUAAAAUGGAGAAGUAAAAGCAAACCUCAUCAUCCAAUUAAAGAUGUCAGAACAACCGGAUGGACCAAGUGCAGUGCUUCCAUGGACUGUUGUUGCUGUUGUAUCUCUCAUUGUGAAUGUCAUCUGCAUUAUCCUCUUGAUGUUGCUGUGGAACACACGAAAAAAGGUGAAACCAAACCAAGAGAACAGGACUUACAUGUCAUUGCGGAAAACCGACCUAUCACCAGAGUAUGAUGUCAUUGCCCAACCUCUUAACUAGCUUGUGUCAGCUUCCAGUAAGUGCUGUAGAAGAUGGUACUGACAUUCUUUUAUUCAAUGUUUUAGAUUUUCUCAAUAAUACCUUUCUAAGAGUUAUUUCAAAUAUAACUGUAACUUAUAUUUUGCUUUUUAAAGUAUUAUUCAGCUUACAUUUCAACUUUUAUAAGUCCAAUAAGCAAGUCUUAUUUUGCGAUGUCCUGUUUAAAUUGUACACCUGUGAGGCUCCUAGGCCUGAAGACCUAUUAAGUCCCUUUGGUUGCUGGAAUCUGGGGAUUGGCUAAUAAUGAUGAUUGACACCUGGAUGAACUGAUUGCUCACAUGUCCAUAAAUAGGAAUGCCUGGGCAGUCACUCUUUGUCUCUCCCUCCUCAAAGUUGCUUGGUUUGUUUGGACUUUGGGUUGAUUUACUUUUGCAUUCUAACAUUGCUACACCUUUACACAUCCAUACACUACACACAUUACUGAUAAACUGAUAGCACAUUUAACUUUGUUUAUUUAAACAUCAUCUGUUGUAGCUGGGAUCUAAGAUUUAUCAACCAGUCUAAAGAUCUGAAAACGUUAUUGUUUGAGUGAAAUGUAUUUCUAUUAUAUAUUUGAUAGUAACAGUGUUUAUCAGAUGUUAUUGUUAUUGCAACUGUAUCUUUAACAAUGUCUCUGGAAUAUAUUCUGUAAGACCUAAAAAGAUUAUUUUUGCACCAUGGUGUAUCAUUGUUUUGGACAAUAAAAGCCAUUUUCAAUUGUAAAGUUGUAGAGAUUAAGUUUGUCACAUAUCACAAACAAUGAAAAGUAAUUAUGGCUACAAAUAUUUGUCUGAGACUAUGUGGCACAUUUUAUUAC